AUGGAACCCGAAAAUGCAUCACUUGAAGGCAUCCCGGAUGAGCUUCUCUUGGAGAUUCUGCUCCACCUCAGCACCAUCCGCUCCUUUGAAACGUGUUCGACAAUUUAUGACAAGAGAGAGAAAGAGAAGGCACGCCAACGGGAAAAUCGCCUACGUCAGCUAUCACUAUCCAAUCUUUGCCGCACUUCUCGCCAUCUAAAUCGUCUUGCUAUUCCUGCUCUCUAUGCCGCAUUUACGGGGUCCUCGACAUGGUUCGGCAUCUGGUCUCUUAGACGCUUCCACUAUGAAAUAACAGCACCAAGGCACUCCCUCGGUAAAGAUCACACAUAUGCUAGGUAUCUCCGGUAUGUAGAAAACCGAUUCACCGACAGUAAAGGCAACGAUAUGGUCGCAACCCUGGACAAUCCUCAAGACUUGUCCAUGAUAAAGGAAUACUUUUCUUUACUAGCUGGCGUCGUCAAUUCUGCCCCGAACUUGCAGCAUAUUAAUGUGACUAGCACGGAGACUGGCAGAGUCUCUUUUUGGAAAUACGUCAUACAUGAGAAGUACAAAGGGACUCCCCGCUUCACAUUACUUGCCGACCACGGUCUUAGUCGGCUGAAGACCUUAUGUAUCCAGACUAAUUUCGGAGAAGAAGAUGGGGAGGCCAGAGAAUCACUCUUUGACAGUAUCUGUUCCGCAAUGGCAUCUGUGCCGUCGCUCUCUGAUGUUCGAGCUACCGGGGUUAUGGUGAAAAAACUCAUUAAACAAAAAGUGAAUUUUGGUCAGUUCAGGAAUCUGCAACGCCUCGAACUGACCGAAUGCCUUAUGGACUUUCGGCCAAUGGCAAUGAUUCUAUUAGCAUGCGAAGGGCUCCGACACAUCGUUUGCUCAUGGGAAUACCUCGACUGCCUCCAACAAACAAUAGCUGACUUUAGGCCGGGUUUACUGAAACACUCCCAUACAUUGGAAACACUUUGCUUAGAUUUUCGUGAAGUCCGAUACGGUACUGGGGCCAAGGAAGAACCUGGGCGCAUUGGUUCGCUGGGGCAGUUCGAGCAUUUGCAUACACUGACAAUAUCUCAAAUGUACUUUUUGACUGCAUUUGAGGUUGGCCACAGGGAGUAUUGGCCAAUGACUCCAUCCAAAAUCGCCGAAAUAAUGCCAUUCAGUCUCAAGCGAUUGAACUUGUUUGUCGAGGUUUUCGAUAUGGAGGAUGAAAUUCCAGCAACCUUGGAUGAUGAGGAGGAUCUAUGGAAUUUAUUUGAGGCCUGCAAGACAUCUUUACCAAACUUGUCAGAAAUCACUGUUAUAGGAAACGGCGAUAUCUAUGGAGCAGGGCGGAUUAUGGAUACUUUUGAGCAAGCUGGAGUCCGUUUUGAAGUCAUCACUGAUCACUGA